GACAAGUACUUUGCUCACACUAGGAUGCACAAGCAUGUUUAAAUUUUAGCUUAAACGACUUUCUCGCAAGCAUCGAGACCGUAUAGAUUAAUCUUUGUACAGCGAUUACUGCGGAAUAUCUCCGUCUCGCCCAUCGCGGUCUUUCCAAGGAGAAGAUAGGUCCGUCAUCUAGUGGUCGACGCGGUUACUGGCAACGGCUAUUGCUGCUUUGUUGCUAUCAGUGACUCAACCGUUUUAUAUCGACAAUGAUCACUGCAUCGUUGGGACCACUGGAUUUUUCCCCGGAGCCUGAUCUUCAUCCUUUGUACCCGAGUUCCAGUUACAUAUCCCACUCGCUGUCACCUGAUUCGGGCUUAGCUCCCUCCCAAAAGUCUGAACUCGUAUCCCAUUCUCUGUCACGAGCGUGCAUAUUCGGGGAUCUAUCGCUUCUCCAGUAUCUUCUGUCCGACCAUCAAUCACAACCUCACGUCGACCUCAGCGUACGCGACGAAGACGGGCUUAGCUUGAUCAGUCUUGCAAUCCUAGGUUUCGGGUCUGAAUCGGAGAGAGAUGUUGAGCGUGAAGAGUGUGUUCGGCUACUGAUUGCACAAGGAGCUGACGCUACCUCUGCGGACAAAGCCGGCUGGACUGCCCUGCAUCACGCUGCAGUUCUUUGUCCUCCAACUCUCGUUUCCCAUUUGAUGACGCAUGGAUGCUCCCCUUUCGCAGAAACACGUCGACGGCUGACGCCGCUCGAUAUAGUGACUGCCCACACGGUUCUGCCAGGGCGUGACGACAUUGCGCUGUUACUUGAAGAAGCAAUGCGUAGCCAAGGGUGGAUGGGUGGUAGGAUGGAGGAGAAGCGGAGAGCGUUGGACGAGAAGCUUAAACGUAAAGGGAGACAAAAAAGCGUCCGCGAGAAUGUCUCAAAAGUGCUUGGCCUACAGAAUCAAUGGUGGGGUUCCCAUGAGGAAGAUGAAAGUUCCUCGUCAGAUGAUUCUGACAGCGAGGAUGACGAACUUGACGAAGAACUGUAUACUCCGUUGUUAGACUUCACAUCCAUGCUCGCAUGGUCUCCACAAGAGUUGUCGCAUAUUUUCGACGCAGUCAUCACGACCUCUCAUACAUCUGUUCGGAAUUCUCAACCUGCGAUUACUUUAUAUCUUAUGGCGCGUUUUGCAUGCUUAACAUGCGAUCAAACAUGGCUUGAAGAUCUCGUACUGGGAGCGACGGAUGCAAUCGAAGAGAAGUUUUUUAGCCGUCCAGAAGAUAUUGCUUGUCUCGUAUUUUGCUUAUACAAUUCCACCAUAUGGUUGCACCUCAUGCAGUGCGACAACGCUAUAAACGAGGGUUGUGAGAUGCUAGGCUCAUUCGAACUCCUCGAGCAAGUGAUCAACUCUGUGUUCGUAUUCGUCAUUCGUUACGCUGAGCGUCGGAUAGACCAGUUACUGGAUGCAGCAAUACUGGACAGCUCACCCGUGUCUUCGGAAUUCGAAUCAGUGCAGUUUGAAUCAGAAUGGUCAUUCUUGAGGCCGUUCAGUGCCAAGAAGAAGACGAGUACGGCAAAUACUCCAAAUCAUGGAACACCGAAGAAUGGCACACCAUCUUCACCUCCUUUUCUCCCGAGUCGCCCACCAUCUCCGUCCCCAUUGUUGCACGGCCCCGCGCCUGUCACACCUAAAGGAUUAUCGUCUUUGAGACAAACCCUUUCGCGCGCAAGAGCACCUUCGAUGGGAUUCAACACCAUUUCUGAUGUCUCACAGACUUCAGGAUUACGGGACCUGACUUCAUUCUUGACGGCGUUACAUAGACUCUUAACCCUUUCGGACAUCAAUCCUGUGCUAAUAAUUCAAUUCUGGUCUCAAGUAAUGUACUGGACUUCGUGUGAAUUAUUCAAUCGAGUUCUGACCAGGAAAAAGUAUCUCUGCCGGUCUAAAGCGGUACAGAUCGGCAUGAAUCUGGUCGUGCUGGAAGAGUGGGUAGAAGAUAUGGGUUUACCUCGUGGAAUUGCAUCCCAUCUUACACCUGUACGGGACUUGCUGAACUGGCUUCAGCGCCUCUCAUCGAUUACAGAUUUCUCCAACCUGGUGGCUACUAUACAGACAAUGAAGAGUAUUAACCCAUUACAAAUGCGACGUGCUGUGCGAGAUUACAAAUACGAGGUUAAUGAGGGGAGGAUGACAGAGGAGUGCAUUCAGUAUUUGACGCAGCUCCAGAAGGACUGGGAACGCCAUCGUGUUAAGAUGGGUGUUGAAGCCAUGCGCAAGGAGAUGAGCGAGCGUGAACGCGAACGCGAACUUGAAGAUAGCACGGCGAGCGAAGCUAAUGCAAGACCUGCAAGCAUCAACACCUCUUCAGAAACCUCUGCCGCCCAGCACAGCAUCGACAUCUUGUUCGAUCGUUCCCACUCACAGUCUGAAUGGGAGCCCGCCAAACCACCCCAAGUUCUAGGGGAGCUUCUUGAUUCUCGUCAUAUGCUACCUCUGUUCCUUCCGUCGGACCCUCGUAUGCUUUCUGCGACACCCGAGAAACGGAUGGUUCCCGGAUACGGUGAGCUGGCAGAUGCGCGACCCGCUGCCAGUGCUCAGAGCACCAGCCGAGCAAGCACUCUCGAUGGAGGGGCAAUGAAGUGGAGAUGUCGUAGUAGAAGGGUACGGAACGUCGAUUUCGAAACACUACAGUGGGUCGACAGGUUCAGGACUAAACCGCAGAAAUUGCAAGUGUCCGUGCCUGGAGAAGCGUACGAGGAGACCUACCCAUCCACACCAUUGUCCGAUGACAUGGAUGACUUGCGCAUCAACACUGAUGUCCCCCGCGCCGUAUCGCACGGCACACCACUUACCAAGAGACCAUCAGCCCGUAGUAGAGGGCGCCUCAGUCUUAUUGGAGAACCUGUCACACCAAUUUUGUUGUGAAUCGUCAGACUCAUCUAUUCAUCUAUCUGCCAUUGCUUCACCUCGAUACCGCACUAGUGUUGGACUUUCGUACAUUACGCAUACAUUGUGUUACCGUUACAAGAAUGUGUUGACCUGUUUCGCAUCAUUGGAUUGUCGUACAAGGUCAACUCGACCGACAAGCUUAAGGGAGACUAAAUAUAUAUAGAAGG